CUCUUGUCAACACGAGAUAGUGGUAUCGAUGCAUAAUUUAAUAAUUGCCAUUUAAAAUCACAGCCAUUGGUGCUUACAGUCAGUGCUCUUUGUUAUUUUGGUUGAUACAAGUCGCCUUCUGCACCAGUGUGUGUAAAGGCCUGGCUUUCACGAGUACUCUGGAAUUUUUUCAAAAUCUACUCUUACCUCGUUGUAUCUGUGAUUAUUUAGAAAUAAAUAUGACGACUUUCGUGCUUGCUGUCGCUUCUUUCCUGGCGGUGUGCGCCCCAGCAUUGGCUACACAAUGCAGCGAGGAUCCGGUGAGCAUCCCGAAGGAAUGGGUCACGAUGCAGAAAAACUGCACCGACUCUAUGCGUCAGCAGAUCCAGAUGGAGGUGGCUGCUUCGGUGCAGUACCUCGCUAUGGGCGCUCACUUCUCUCAGGACACUGUCAACCGGCCAGGCUUUGCCAAGCUAUUCUUCGACGCGGGCUCAGAAGAGCGCGAGCACGCCUUGAAGCUCAUCGAGUACAUGCUCAUGCGAGGAGAGCUCACCUCUGACGUCACUUCACUCAUCACCGUCAGGCAUCCCGAACGCAACCACUGGGCCAACGGCGUGGAGGCUUUGGAACACGCCUUGAAGAUGGAGCAUACCGUCACCGACAGCAUCCGAAAAGUCAUCCACGCUUGCGAGAGCGACAGCGAGUUCAACGAUUACCACCUUGUUGACUACUUGACCGCUGAUUUCUUGGAGGAACAAUACAAGGGCCAGCGUGACCUCGCUGGAAAAGCAUCUACCCUCAAGAAGAUGCUGGAACGCCACCCAUCGCUCGGCGAGUUCAUCUUCGACAAGAAACUCCUUGGAAUGGACAUUUAAAUCGCCUGUGCUAGUAAUA